UGCAGCUCGGCGCAGACCACCAGGCGCACCGGCAGCCCCCCGUCUCUCUCUGCUGACUCAGUGCCUUACCAGCAGUCCCUUCACCCGGUGAUACAGCAUCCAGACACCGACGCACAUUCUCUCCAGGCCAACCCACUCUUCAGACAUGGCUAAGACCGCAGUCGCUUACAAAGAGAAGAUGAAGGAGAUUUCCGUCCUCUCGCUCAUAUGCUCCUGCCUGUACCCCGAGAGCCGAAAAACCAUUUUGGGGGACUUUGAAGAUAUGGACAUCAAGCCAAUCAACAAGCGGGCGUCAGGUCAAGCCUUUGAGGUCAUCCUGAAGCCGCCCUCUCCGACAUCGGAUGUGGCUCACUGCAUCACCAGCCCCCCAAAGAGGGACAUUUCCCUGGAGGACAUCCAGAAGAAGCUGGAGGCGGCCGAGGACAGGAGGAGAUCCCAGGAGGCGCAGAUCCUCCGAAUCCUUGCCGAGAAACGCGAGCACGAGCGCGAAGUGCUGCUGAAGGCCAUGGAGGAGAACAGCAACUUCAGCCGCAUGGCCGAGGAGAAGCUGCAGGUGAAGAUGGAGCAGAUCGAGGAGAACCGGCAGGCCUUCCUGGCGGCCAUGAUGGAGCGCCUGCAGGAGAAGGAGAGGCAUGCUCAGGAGGUGCGCAGAAACAAGGAGCUGAGAGAAGAGUUGAUGCCGUGAGAGGCCCCAACACCCCCCCCCCACCCCCCUCCCACCUCCAGUCACCACCUCCUGUCUGAGGAACACCUCCCUCCCCACCUCGUCCUACAUGUCCACACCCCUCCACCCGUGUCCCCGACAUUCCCCCCCACCCCCUUGUAUUGCUACGAAACUUCGAAGAAACGCCACCCUGGGAUAGCGAGAGGUUCAAAUAGAGUUGGGGGGGUGGAAAGGAUUGCAAAAAAGCAAAAAAAAAAAAAAUUUAGAAAAGGAGGAUAACUAUCAUCUGCUGUCCUUUAAAAACAAAAAGAAUGUUUUUGCUCAAAUGUGAAGAGAAAAAAAAAUCCAAUUGACACCUGACAGUGGUUUUUGUAAAUACUUUUUUUUUGUUAUAUACAGUCCGAUACAAGCAGCAAAGGUAUUGAUUGCAGUGUGCCAUUUUUAUAUAUAGGUUUCUUCUCCCUGCAUAUUAUAUAUAUGGAUGUAAUGAUCUGUUCAUUUUCCUUUUCUUUGCCCUCUCAUUUCAGCCUGAGAAUGUUUGUUUUACGUUUCUCUCUCUCUCUCCUUUCUCUCGUGUGGUAACAAGCUUAGGUGUUUGUUGUGAGUUUGCCAGCUAGCUGAUGUUUUACUGUGAACAGGUUGCACCUCCCCACCAACAAAAAAACAACAACAAAAAAAAGCGGGAAUCUGGGCGCAGAGUCGGGGAGGGGGUGCAUUUUUUGCCCUAAGGGUUGCCAGAAGGCAGGGUGGUGCUUUGGAUUUUGCAAGCUCGCUUUUUGUGGGGACUGCAAGCUGUUCCCGGACAUCCGCUCAUGUGAAAAUAGGUAGUGACCGUACCGCAGGAGAACACUAUAGCAUUUAACGAGCCCAUCCUCAUCCUCCUUCUCCUUCAUUUCCAUUCUCUUUUCACACACACACACACACACACAUAGGCAGUGAAAUCACUCACACCCUCGCCACACGGCACAGGAAAACACCAAUAACGCUCCGUUAAUCUCAUAAAAGCUUCCCUCAUAAACGUCACACGUCCUCAGAGGCCACAGUCGCAUACGGCGCCUCCGUUACAGUCGGGGCGCAUCCCUACGACCCCCCGGAGCAACGAGCUCCAGUUGUUACAGUGAAUCAUACUAGAAAGAGAAGAAGAAGAAGAAAAAAAUAACACUGCUUGAUCCAUCUCUGAAUCCUCUAGUUCUCUUCAUCGUUAAAUCAUCAGACUCUCCCCCCCCCCGAAACACAGUAAAUAUUGGCACAACAAAUAUAUUUAAGCCAUAAUAGGCAUGACUGCACCAUCGAUCCACGGGAACAGGAUUCCUGAGCGUAUAAGCAUGAAUACAGGUCGCAGCGAUUGCGUGUGAGUGGGGUGUGUGAGUGUACCGCACAAAGACCGGGUAGUUAGCGUGUUGAUCUGUUUCGAUACAAAAAAAAAUCAAUAACAGUACAGCGUGUAAUGAUUGUCAGAAAGUUAGACACAGACAGUUAGUUUCCUUCCUGACUCUCUUUCUCUCCUCCAUCCAUUUGUGUGUUUCCUCCUCUUCCACGUAUAUCUUUGUGAGCAAGCAGUGGUCAAUAAAGAUUUGGGGUUCAGUGAAUAAAA